AAGCUGUCAGUCAGAAGACGAGAGAAAGAAGGACAGUCAGAUAGAGGGAGCGAAGGAGAGAGGGCCAGCAAGAAAGGACGAGAGAGAGAAGAAGAGAAGAGCCAGAGAAAACUCCCUCCACCAUGGCUCCAUGGAUGAAGACCACCCGGGAGAGAUAUGGCGUGGUUAAGUGGAACUUCAGAGGCAGUGGGGAGAAGCACCUUGCUCUGGAGGUGGGCGACACCGUCCACAUAGAGGAGUCAUGCGAAGGCUGGUUCAAGGGCUCCCUGACCAGGGACAAAGCAAAACAGGGGGCAUUUCCAGCCACUUUCAUCCAUUUGAAGGAGUUUAUCGUCGAGAAGAGGGGGGGGCAGGAUUUGGUGGCCUCGGCCGAGAUGCCCCUCGUAAAGGAGGUGACCACCACGCUGCGGGAAUGGGGAACAAUCUGGAAAACCCUGUUUGUGAUGAAUAAGAAGGAGCGCGUGCAGCAGGUGCAGCGCCUCAUGUGGGACCUGAUGGAGUGGCGUUCCCAGCUGCUGUCCGGAACGCUGCCCAGCGACGAGUUUAAGGAGCUGAAGCAGAAGGUCACCUCCAAAAUCGACUACGGCAACAAGAUCCUCGAGCUGGACCUGGUGGUGCGAGACGACAUCGGAAACAUCAUGGACCCGGACAACACCAGCGUCAUCAGUCUAUUCCGGGCCCACGAAGACGCCACUGUGAAGAUCACAGAGCGCAUCAAAGAGGAACAGCACAAUGUCCAGUCGGACCACUCGGGGAUCUCUGCGCGGAUCCAGUCGUCCCCCACUCACAGUCUCUACGUCUUCGUCCGUAACUUCGUGUGCCGCAUCGGAGAGGACGCCGAACUCUUCAUGUCCCUCUACGACCCCAACAAACAGGCUGUCAUCAGUGAGAACUAUCUGGUGAGGUGGGGAAGUAAAGGUUUUCCCAAGGAAAUUGACAUGCUCAACAACUUGAAGGUUGUCUUCACAGACCUGGGGAACAAAGAUCUGAGCAGGGAGAAGAUCUACCUGAUCUGUCAGAUUGUGCGGGUGGGACGCAUGGACCUGAAGGAGACCAACACGAAGAAGUCCACUCAGGGUCUGCGCCGACCGUUCGGUGUCGCAGUGAUGGACAUCAGUGACCUCAUCAAAGGGAAGACGGAGUGUGAUGAGGAGAAACAGUACUUUAUCCCCUUCUUCCCGGUUGUGGCGGAGAAUGACUUCCUGCACACUCUGCUUAACAAAGUGACGACGGCUCGAGGAGACAGCGGAGGACAAGGCCUGUGGGUGACGAUGAAGGCUCUGGUGGGGGACAUCCUGCAGAUUCGGAAGGAGUACCCCCACCUGGUGGACCGCAGCACCGUGGUGGCCCGGAAGCUGGGCUUCCCCGAGAUCAUCAUGCCCGGCGACGUGCGCAACGACAUCUACCUGACGCUGGCGGCCGGCGACUUCGACAAGUACAACAAGACCACGCAGAAGAACGUGGAGGUCAUCAUGUGGGUGUGCGACGAGGAGGGCAAGGUGGUGCCGAACUCCAUCUGUGUGGGAGCGGGAGACAAGCCUGUCAACGAGUACAGAUCUGUCAUCUACUACCAGGUUAAGCAGCCACGCUGGAUGGAGACCUUCAAGGUGGCGAUCCCUCUGGAGGAGAUGCAGCGGAUUCACCUGCGCUUCAUGUUCCGCCACCGCUCAUCGCAGGAGUCCAAGGAUAAGAGUGAGAAGAACUUUGCGAUGGCCUUCGUGCGUUUGAUGAAGGAGGACGGAACAGUUCUCCAGGAUGGCCCUCACGACCUUGUGGUCUUCAAGGGGGACAGUAAACGGAUGGAGGACGUGGGGUCCUACCUCUCGCUGCCCUCCACGCGCCCGCAGGGCGACGUCCACAAGAGCUCUGGGCUGAUGCGCAGCAGCAGCAGUGUGGGGGCGCUCUCCAUCAGCUCCAGAGACAGCUUCACCAUCUCCACCCUGGUCUGCUCCACCAAGCUGACGCAGAACGUGGGUUUGCUGGGCCUGCUGAAGUGGAGGACCCGGCCUGAGAUGCUGAAGGAGAAUCUGGAAAAGCUGAAGCUGAUUGAUGGAGAGGAGGUGGUGAAGUUCCUGCAGGACACCCUGGAUGCCCUGUUCAACAUAAUGAUGGAGCACUCCCAGACUGAUGACUAUGACAUCCUGGUGUUUGAUGCAUUGAUUUACAUCAUCGGUCUGAUUGCAGACAGAAAGUUUCAGCACUUUAACACCGUGCUGGAGGCCUACAUCAAACAGCAUUUCAGUGCCACGCUGGCUUACAAGAAGCUGAUGUCGGUGCUGAAGACUUAUUUGGACGUGUCGAGUCGCGGGGAGCAGUGUGAGCCCAUCUUGCGGACACUGAAGGCCCUGGAGUACAUCUUCAAAUUCAUCGUCCGUUCCCGGAUGCUCUACUCACAACUGUAUGAGGGAAAAGAGCAGACUGAGUUUGAAGAUUCUCUGAGAAGAUUGUUUGAGUCCAUCAACAACCUGAUGAAGAGUAACUUCAUGACUACCCUUUUGUUGCAGGUCGCGGCUCUGAAGUAUUUGCCGUCGGUGCUGCAUGACGUGGAGACCGUUUUCGAUGCCAGUCUGCUGAGUCAGCUGCUGUUUGACUUUUUUAGCUGCAUCCCUCCUGACAAACUUCAGAAGCAGAAGGUUACGUCCAUGACAGAGAUUGUGGGCAGCAAACUCUUCAGGAAACAAGAGUGCCGUGACAUCCUCCUACCCAUGAUGCUGCGGGACCUGAGCGUUGUGCUGACAGACUUGGGGAACAGAUCACCUGAGGAUGGCAGAACCAGCGUGGAGCUUCUCAACAACAUCCUGGAGGUGCUCAGCAGGAAAGACGUGGGUCAGACUUUCAAGCACAUUCAGGAUAUCGUGGUCACCCUCCUGAGCACCAUAAACCGUGCGGUCAUAAUCAUGGGCCGAGAGCAUGCCCUCACAUCUCGAGUGGUCGCCUGCAUGACGGCCAUUCUCAGCCAGAUGGACGAGCGGCAUUACUCCAGCUACAUCGAAACCUUCAAUAGAAGUGCUGACCUGGUGGACUUCUUGAUGGAGACGUUUAUGCUGUUUAUGGAUUUGAUCGGGAAGCACGUGUAUCCGUCUGACUGGAUGGCCAUGAUCAUGGUGCAGAACAGAGUCUUUCUAGGAGCCAUCAACACCUACGCUGACACCAUGAACCACAAAUUCCUGGACAACAACAACUUUGAAGUGCAGUUGUGGAAUAAUUAUUUCCAUUUGGCUGUGGCCUUCAUUACCCAGGAGUCAUUGCAGCUUCAGCAUUUCUCUCCCAUGAAGAAAUGCAAGAUUCUGGCCAAGUACGGGGACAUGAGAAGACUGAUCGGCUUUGCCAUUCGGGACAUGUGGUACAAACUGGGGGUGAAUAAGAUCUGCUUCAUUCCCGGGAUGGUGGGGCCCAUCCUGGAGAUGACUCUGAUCCCGGAGGAGGAGCUCCGCAGGGCCACCAUCCCCAUCUUCUUCGACAUGAUCCAGUGUGAGCACAGCCACGCCGGACACUUCAGAAAGUUUGAGAACGAGAUCAUUCUGAAGCUGGAUCACGGUGGAGGGCGGGGGCACAAGCGCUACAUGGAGCUGCUGCAGACCACGCUGCUGGAGUGUGCGUCACAGUGCCCCCUGCUGGUGCCCCAGGUGCAGUACUUUGUGACCCUGGUGGGGGGCCUGCUGGAGAGGCUGCUGGACUACAGGGCCGUCAUGAGUGAUGAGAGCCGCAACAACCGCAUGAGCUGCACCGUCAACCUCCUGAAUUUCUACAAGGACAUCAACCGAGAAGGGAUGUACAUCAGGUACCUGUACAAACUCAGAGAUCUUCACUUGGACACGGAGAACUUCACUGAGGCCGCUUACACUCUGCUGCUGCACUCUCGUUUGCUCAAGUGGUCGGAGGACCAGUGCAGUCCUGUGGAUUUCUCCAGCUCUCAGACACAGCGUCAGCUUAAGGAGACUCUGUACAACACCAUCAUUGGAUACUUCGACAAGGGCAAGAUGUGGGAGGAGGCUAUUGCCCUGUGUAAGGAGCUGGCUGACCAGUAUGAGAUGGAGGUGUUUGAGUACGAGCUUCUGAGCCAGAGUCUGAAACAGCAGGCAAAGUUCUACGAAAACAUCAUGAAAAUCCUGCGGCCAAAACCAGACUAUUUCGCCGUGGGGUACUAUGGAUGUUACCCCCCAUUUCUGCGGAACAAGGUGUUUAUCCACCGGGGGAAGGAGUACGAACGCAGAGAGGACUUCCAGUGCCAACUGAUGAGCCAGUUCCCCAGCGCGAAGCGUCUGAACACCACCGGCGUGCCGGGGGAGGAUAUCAGGAACUCCGAGCUGCAGUAUAUCCAGUGUUUCACGGUUCAACCCGUCCUGGAGAUCCCCCCUCGUCUGAAGAACAAGCCUGUGCCAGAUCAGAUCAUCAAUUUCUACAAAUCCAACAACGUACAGCGUUUCCAUUACUCAAAACCGGUGCGCAAGGGCUCCGUGGACCCGGACAACGAGUUCGCCUCGAUGUGGAUUGAGCGCACAACCUUCGUCACGGCCUACAAACUGCCCGGAAUUCUUCCCUGGUUUGAAGUCACCAGCACAACGCAUACAACAAUCAGUCCAUUGGAGAAUGCUAUUGAGACCAUGGGGACCACCAAUGAGAAGAUCCUGACCAUGAUAAACCAGUACCAGGGUGACGACACCCUUCCCAUAAACCCCCUCUCCAUGCUACUGAAUGGAAUUGUGGACCCUGCUGUCAUGGGUGGUUUUGCCAAGUAUGAGAAGGCCUUCUUCACAGAAGAGUAUACACAACAGCACCCAGAGGACAAGGAGAAACUGGCUCAUCUGAAAGACCUCAUCGCCUGGCAGACUCCCUUACUGGCGCGAGGAAUCAGCCUGCAUGGGAGAAGGGUAACAGAUGACCUCCGACCUUUCCACGAACGCAUGGAAGAGUGUUUCAAACAGCUGAAACUGAAGGUGGAGAGGGAGUAUGGAAGUAGAGAGCUGCCGGACGUGGAUGAUCGCAGGGCGAGUCGUCCUCGAUCCAUGCUCCGCUCGUACCGCCAGUCCAUCAUAUCCAUCUCCUCAAUGGGGGGCUCUGAGUGUGGGACCCCCACCAAGACACACCCCGACAGGUACCCCACACCUUCUACCCCGGACAAACUCUCCCCUCCUAACUCUCUCUUUCUCUCUCUCUCUCUCCGUUUCCCCGGCUGCCUCUCCCUCUCGUCCUCCCUGUCUCUCUCUCUCUCCUUCUCUCUCUCUUUCUCUCUUUUCCCCAGCUGCCUCUCCCUCUCGUCCUCCCUGUCUCUCUCUCUCUCCUUCUCUCUCUCUUUCUCUCUCUUUUCCCCAGCUGCCUCUCCCUCUCGUCCUUCCUGUCUCUCUCUCUCUCUCUCUCUCUCCUUCUCUCUCUCUCUCUCUCUUUUCCCCAGCUGCCUCUCCCUCUCGUCCUCCCUGUCUCUCUCCCCCUCUCUCUCUCUCUCUCUCUCUCUCUCUCUCUCCUGUGUAAUGGAGUACAGCUGUACAUAUUCUCCAUAUUUCCUUUUGUAAGUCGCAACCUCAGUGUGUCGCUUGUCUCGCUGUGGAAUGAAAAAUUCAUGAGGUACGGGUGUGUGUGAGGUGCUGUGUGUGUGAGUGUGUGUGUGAGGUGCUGUGUGUGAGUGUGUGUGAGUGUGUGUGUGUGUGUGCUUGUGAGAAUGAACGUGUGUGAGGUGCUGUGUGUGUGGUGCAGGGGUGUGUGUGUGUGUGUGUCUUGGUGCAGGUGUGUGUGUUUGUGUCUUGGUGCAGGUGUGUGUGUGUGUGUGUGUGCAUGUGUGUGUGUAUGUGUGUGUGAGUGUG